AUGUGGCUCUACCUGGCGGCCCUCCUGGGCUUGUUCUACCUUGUGCGCUGGUACCGGGAGAGGCAGGUGGUGAGCCACCUCCCAGACAAGUACGUGUUCAUCACGGGCUGUGACUCAGGCUUUGGGAACCUGCUGGCCAGACAGCUGGACGCGUGAGGCUUGAGGGUACUGGCUGCAUGUCUGAUGGAGAAGGGGGAGCAGCUGAGGGGCCAGACGUCAGACAGGCUGGAGAUGGUGACCCUGGAUGUCACCAAGACAGAGAGCAUCGCUGCAGCUGCCCAGUGGGUGAAGAAGCGUGUGGAGAACAGAGGACUCUGGGGCCUGGUCAAUAAUGCCAGCAUCUCUGUGUCCAUGGGCCCCAAUGAGUGGCUGACCAAAGAGGACUUUGUGACCAUCUUGGAUGUGAACCUGCUGGGGCUGACUCUGGGCUUGCUGCCCUUAGUGAGGAAGGCGAGGGGCCGCGUGGUCAAUGUCUCCAGCAUCAUAGGCCGGGUGUCACUUUGUGGUGGGGGCUAUAGCAUUUCCAGGUAUAGAGUGGAGGCCUUCUCAGACUCCCUCGGGAGGGAGCUCGCCUACUUUGGCGUGAAGGUGGCCAUCACUGAGCCCGGUUGCUUCCAGACGGGCAUGACCAAUAAGGAUAGCAUCCAAAAGAUGCAUCUGAAGAUAUGGGACCGAGCCAGUCCAGAAGUCCAGCACCUCUAUGGCGAGACGUUUCUGGCAUCCAAGAUGAAAAGAACUGAAAAAACGGAGAAAAAGUGCACAGAGGAUCUGUCCUUGGUGACGAACUGCAUGGAGCAUGCUCUGACUGCCUGCCACCCCCGCACGCGCUACUCCACAGGCUGGGACGCCAAACUUCUCUACCUCCCUAUGAACUACAUGUCCACAUUUUUGUUGGAUGUCAUGCACCACUGGGGCUCUACAAGGCCGGCCAAGGCCCUGUGA